AUGGAAGACAUUACUUCCAACAACCCUCCAUAUUCCGAAGGUGGAAUUGAUCUUGAGAGGAUGUCUACCCCGAAAAUCCACGCCUCAGAAUCGAAAUUGGAAAUGGAUUUGUCCGCGGACGGCGCAAGCGAAAACGAUCGGAAAGUGGCUAACUUAGCCCGCCAACUCAGCGCUCAACCAAGCCACACUCAGCAUCAAGUUCCCUUCAUGUCAGGGCAAGACAGUUCACUUGAUCCACAAAGUCCCGAUUUCAACGCUAAAGCUUGGGCAAACGAGUUCUAUAAUGUCCGAUAUCAGAAUGACCAAGAUACUGGACCGCGUGUUGCCGGUGUAGCACUCAGGAAUUUGAAUGUUAGCGGGUACGGAAGCAGUGUUGAUUAUCAGGCGAGCGUCGGAAACGCGAUCUUGAAGCUUGCCGCCAUUUCCCAGCAGUGGCUUGGUAGCAGAAAACAGCGAGUCGACAUUCUUCGCGAUAUUGACGGUUUAAUUCUUCCUGGCGAGCAACUUUGUGUUCUGGGACCACCCGGGUCAGGAUGCUCGACAUUUCUCAAAACCAUCGCACAAGAAACCCAUGGACUUGAGAUAGAUCAAGCUUCGUACGUCAACUACCAAGGAAUCACGGCGAAACAAAUGGGGAAAGAUUUCCGCGGAGAAGCCAUUUACACUGCGGAAGUGGACGCACACUAUCCACAACUCGGUGUCGGCGAUACCUUGUACUUCGCCGCUCUUGCCCGUGCUCCUCGCGAAAUUCCCGGUGGAAUUACCCGCGAAGAAUACGCUAUUCUCCAAAGAGAUGUGAUCAUGGCUACAUUUGGAAUCAGCCACACCGUCAACACACGGGUUGGCAACGACUUUGUCCGUGGCGUGAGUGGAGAGGCCGCUUUGAGCUACGCCCCGCUGCAAUGCUGGGAUAACAGUACGCGUGGCUUAGACAGUGCCAAUGCCGUGGAGUUUUGUCGUACCUUGCGCACCCAGGGAGAUGUGUUCGGUGUGACAUCGUGCGUCGCUAUCUACCAAGCGCCUCAGGCAGCCUACGACUUAUUCGACAAAGUCACAGUCCUCUAUGAAGGAAGACAGAUAUUCUUUGGUCCGGCUCAGGACGCCAAGAAUUAUUUCGUGCGACUCGGAUUCGUUUGCCCUGACGCCCAAACAACUCCAGAUUUCCUUACUUCGAUGUGCAGUCCAUCUGAGCGGAUUGUGCAUCCGGAUUCAGAAAGUCAUGUUCCCAGAACAGCAGACGAAUUUGUUAAUUGUUGGAAAGAAAGUUCAGAGUACAAAGCAUUGAUCCAGGAUAUCGAUCAUUACGCUCAUGAGCAUCCGUUCAACGCCACCGAUCUUGGCCACUUCACCCUAUCUCGCCAAGAGGAAAAGUCCAAAGUGCAGCGCUCAACUUCUCCCUAUACUCUCUCUUAUUGGGGUCAAGUAAGUCUCUGUCUUUGGAGAGAUUUUCAACGAUUGAAGAGCGAUCCCAGUGUGUCACUUGCCAUGUUGAUCGGGAAUUUCUUUGAGUCGUUGAUUAUUGCAAGCUUGUUCUACGAUCUCUCGAAUGAGACGAGCUCAUUCUUCUCCCGUGGAGCGCUUUUGUUCAUGAUGGUUCUCCUCAAUGCCUUCUCCAGCCUACUCGAAAUCAUAGUAUUGUACGAGAAACGGUCAAUUAUCGAAAAGCACAGGCGAUAUGCACUCUAUCACCCAAGUGCUGAAGCUAUCUCGUCAAUUCUUAUGGACAUGCCUUACAAGAUUACGAACUCCAUUUUGACAAAUCUUGUCAUGUAUUUCAUGUCAAAUCUUCGACGAGAGCCGGGGGCAUUUUUCUUCCUUUUACUCGUGUCUUUUUCCAUGAUGAUGGGCAUGUCAAUGUUUUUCCGUUUCUUCGCCUCGCUUACCAAGUCAAUCGAACAAGCUCUGGCACCUUCAGCAAUUAUCUUAUUGGCAUUGGUGCUCUAUACGGGAUUUACUAUACCUGUCAAAUACAUGCGUGGCUGGGCAUCCUGGAUAAGAUGGUUAAAUCCAGUUGCAUAUGGCUUUGAAGCAGUAAUGGUGAACGAGUUUCACGGUCGAGAAUUCCAAUGUUCUUCAUUUGUGCCAUCUGGACCGGGUUAUGAGAAUGUGUCGAGUCUGGAAAAGGUGUGCUCGGUGGUAGGAGCUGUUCCAGGCUCCGGUGUUGUCCAAGGUACAGAAUACAUACGCUCCUCUUUUGGUUAUGAGAAUUCCCACCGCUGGCGAAACUUCGGCAUCAUCGUCGCUCUGACAGUCUUUCUUGCAUGCUGCCACUUGGUAACAUCGGAGCUCGUUUCUUCUCGACGUUCCAAAGGUGAAGUUCUGGUUUUCCGUCGUGGAAAGGCUCUUUCCUCGCGGGGUGAAAAGAAUAUGACAGAUGAGGAGAAGCAAUCAUCUACCAUGGCUCAGAACAGUUUGACGCUCACUGAUGAGCCUGGGACUAUUUCUGGCGUCGAAAAGCAAGUUUCAAUCUUCCACUGGCAGAAUGUGACAUAUGACAUCAAGAUCAAAAAGGAACCGAGGAGGAUUCUAGAUCAAGUUGAUGGAUGGAUUCGUCCAGGGACAUUGACAGCACUCAUGGGUGUCUCCGGUGCGGGAAAAACUACUCUUCUCGACGUUCUAGCAAGCCGUACGACAGUGGGCGUCGUCGGAGGUGAGAUGCUCGUCGAUGGUCGACCCCGAGACGAAUCGUUUCAGCGGAAAACAGGCUACGUUCAACAGCAAGAUAUUCAUCUCCAUACCUCAACUGUGCGGGAAGCACUAGAGUUCAGUGCACUACUACGGCAACCCCCUGAGUACAGUCGUGCUCAAAAGCUCGCCUAUGUGGACACGGUCAUUGAUCUCAUGAACAUGAGAGAAUAUGCAGAUGCCAUAGUGGGAGUACCGGGAGAAGGACUCAAUGUGGAGCAACGCAAGCGUCUGACAAUCGGCGUUGAAGUUGCGGCUCGCCCCAAGCUUCUACUGUUUCUCGAUGAGCCUACUUCCGGUUUGGAUAGUCAGACCUCCUGGUCUAUCUGCAACCUUAUGGAUACUCUGACAAAGAACGGUCAAGCAAUCCUGUGCACCAUUCAUCAACCGUCUGCCAUGCUAUUUGAACGUUUUGAUAGGCUUCUUCUACUGGCCCGGGGAGGAAAAACAGUAUAUUUUGGGGAGGUUGGUCAAGGAGCAAAGACGCUAAUGGAAUACUUUGUGCGAAAUGGCGGUGCCUCUUGUCCCUCGGGUGCCAACCCGGCCGAGCACAUGCUCAAUGUGAUAGGAGCUGCACCCGGGGUACAAACAAACAUUGACUGGCCUUCAGUGUGGAGGAAGAGUCCCGAAUAUCAAGCGGUUCAAAUUGAGCUUGCUGGACUGAAAAACCUGACCGAAAAAUCGGCUUCAGUGAUUGAUUCGAACCAAACCUCCAGCUAUUCGGAGUUCGCAGCGCCAUUGUACGAUCAAAUAAUCCUGGUCGGACGCCGUGUGUUUCAACAAUACUGGCGCACACCAUCUUACAUCUAUUCCAAAGCAUUACUUACCGUUGGAAGUUCUCUCUUCAUCGGAUUUUCGUUUUUCAAAGCAGACAACACGAAACAAGGUCUUCAAAACCAAAUGUUCGGAGUAUUUGUGUUCUUGUUCGUGAUAGUCCAACUUGUGCUUCAGAUAAUACCAGCAUUUGUCGCCCAGAGGAUUAUGUAUGAAUCGCGCGAACGGCAGUCCAAGACUUAUGCUUGGCAAGCUUUCAUUUUAUCCAAUAUUGCAGUUGAAUUCGCAUGGAAUUCACUAAUGGCAAUCCUCUGUUUUAUCGUUUGGUUUUACCCUGUCGGCUUUUACCAAAAUGCUCAAUAUACUGACACUAUGCAUGCCCGAAGCACACAUGCACUACUACUUAUCUGGGCUUCUUUUCUCUUCACCAGUUCCUUCGGGCAUAUGCUGGUAGCUUUACUGGGAAGUGCGGAAAUUGCAUCCGCCCUCGCAAACAUCAUGUUCAUCUUGAUGUAUGCAUUCUGUGGCAUUCUGGCUGGGCCUACCGCUCUUCCGAGAUUUUGGAUCUUCAUGUACCGGGUCAAUCCAAUGACCUAUCUGGUAUCUUCUUUCCUAUCCACCUCUCUUGGUGAUGCCCCAAUGCGCUGUGCCGACAACGAAGUCUUGUCCUUUUCGGCACCUGCCGGAAAAGCCUGCGCAGAUUAUAUGAAGAACUAUAUCUCGGCAAACUCUGGAUAUUUGCUUAGUUCCGGCUCCCAGAUGAAUGACGACUGCAAGUUCUGUGCGAUGGGAAAUAGCAAUGACUUUUUGUCGAGCCUUGGUAUUUCAUUUUCUAACCGUUGGCGAGAUUUUGGUAUCUUGUGCGUUUACAUUGUGGUCAACACCGUUGGGGCGAUUGUGUUCUACAAGCUCUUCCGCGUUCCGAGAAGCAAGACUGUUAAAAAUUAG